UUAGUUUAAUUUAUUGCAAGGUUUGGCAGCCUGUUAUUCGUCGCGGAAUUCACUUAAACGCAUUCUGAGAAAUUCUUAUCUGAUUCACUUUAAUUUUUGAUUAAAAAAUGAAAUCAGUUAUCGGAAUAAUAUAUCUAUUUUAUCUAUUCAUUAUAAUUAACGCGGUGCCGAGUUACGGGGAUGACUUAUUUCCUCUAACUAUAGCGCAUAUAAAUGAUUUUCACGCCAGAUUUGAAGAAACGGAUGUCGAAGGUGGCACAUGUGAUCCGGGCGAUAAAUGCAUUGGUGGUUUGGCACGUGUUAUACGAACCAUUAAAACAAUAUUUAGAGAGCAGCGUGAAAAAAAUAUACAUCCGCUAUAUAUUAAUGCUGGUGAUAAUUUUCAAGGUACUCCAUGGUAUAGCGUGGGAGGUUGGAAAGUUACCAGUCAAUUAAUGAAUAUCAAGCCACCAGAUGUUAUGGUUUUGGGUAAUCAUGAGUUUGAUAAUGGGAUUGAUGGAUUGGUGCCAUUUCUUGAAAAUAUAAACAGUCAAGUAGUGGUAACUAAUAUGGAUGCAACCGAUGAACCAGAAAUACGGGGAAAAUAUUUGCCAUCAGCCAUUGUUACUAGAGAUAAGCGAAAAAUUGGUGUAAUCGGUGUCAUUAUGGAACAAGCUAAGGAUCGCAGCAAGACGGGAAAAUUGAAAUUUCGUAACGAAAGCGAGGCCAUCGUCGAAACGGCAAAGAAACUGAAAGAAAAUCGCGGUGUUAACAUUAUCAUCGUUGUCUCUUAUGUCGGUUUCGAUGUCGAUAAAGUUAUUGCCGAACAUACCGGAUCAGAUGUUGAUAUUAUCGUUGGUGGUCAUUCGCAUACUUUUCUUUAUACUGGUACUCCGCCGGGCCCUGAAGAACCAGAAGAUAACUAUCCUUAUGUUUAUGAUCAUCCGUCUGGUAAUAAGGUUCUUAUCGUGCAAGCUGCCUGCCAUGCAAAAUAUGUCGGUAAUCUAACCGUAUUUUUCGACAAAGAUGGAAAAGUUGCGAAAUAUGAAGGUGCCCCAAUCUAUAUGGACUCUGACGUGGAAAAAGAUAAAAAUGUGUUGCAAGCUAUGAAACCAUGGAAGGAGAUAAUCAAUGAAAAGUUGAAAAAUGGCAUAACUGACGAAAACGAAGCAGACGAAAAGGAUUCUGACGAAAGUAGCAAAAAAGAAGAAAACGAUGAAGAUGAGCAAGAAUAUAAAUCUAAUAGUAGUAAAGAAAACGAGAAAAGAAAAGGCAAAGGAAAAAGUAAAGGAAAAGGAAAAGGAAAAGGAAAAGAAAAAAAGAAGGGAAGCAGAAAGGAAAAUAGUGAUAGCUCUAAAAUAAUAGAUGACGAAACAGAAGAGAAAGAUAGUGAGCAUAAUGGUGAGAAUGAAAACCCAGGCUACGAAAAUAAUGCACAAAGUGAAGGAGACGAGAACGAAAAGGAAGAUAAAGAUGAAACAAACAGUGAUACUGAAGAAGACGAGAGACAAAACAGCGAAAAAGAAAAUUCAAACAAAAGUAGUGCUGAAGAAGAAGAAGGUGAAGAAAACGAAAGAGAAGAAAAUGAUGAAGAGCAACAAGAGGAAGGCAAAUUGGAGGGAAAUGAAGAGGAAGGAGAAGAAGGAGAAAAUGAAAACAAUAACAACACUGAAGACGAUGGAAUCCCAAAUAAUGAAGGAUACGAAGAAAGCGAUAAUGAUCAGAAUAAGGAAAAUAGCGAUGAAGAGGAUAAAAGAGGCAACGAUGAAGAGAGAGAAGGUAGCGAUGAGGAGAAUGAAGAGGUUAAUGGAGAAGAAAAUGAAGAGACCAGCGGUGAAGAGGGUAAAGAGAAUAGCGAUGAAAGUAGUGAAGAAGAUAGCGAUGAAGAGAGUGAAGAAGAUAGCGAUGAAGAAAAUGAAGUGGAUAGCGAUGAGGAAAGUGAAGAAAAUAGCGAUGAGAAGAGUGAAGAAGAUAAUAACACCAAGUACAGUAAAAUGGAUUAUCAACUUAUAAAUUAUAUUAUCGGUCUUAUCAAUCAGUAUUAUGAUUAUGCCGAACAAUAAUAUGAUAACAACUACAGCAAAAGAAAG